AGAUCUUGCUUCGCGUUUUUUGUUCUUAAAAUCGUCUGACUGGCUGAAGCAGCCUUGAAAGGACCUGAAGUGGGAAAACUGUGACGCAAUCAACAACAACACGGAUGUAUUAAGCUUAUAGUCAGUUCAUGUUAUACGUUGACUAAUUGAAAUUACAGGUAGGAACAAAAAUAGCUAUACUCUGAGUUGCUAACAUGUGAGAAAUCGUUGUUGCGUACCCACCAGAAAUGAAACUAGGGUUUGUGUGGACAUUUUAGUGAUCGUCAUCUAGGGGUAAUAGCGCGCUAACAGCGAGGUUUAGUUUCGGCGGUUGUUCUAACAGCAGAGCUAAUAAAACUCGCUGGAAUCGCGCUGAAACGGGCAGACAUGCUGCCGGGACACACCAUAACUAAGACAGGAAGAAAGGUAAGAAGUUCUACUCCUCGUUCUAAUGUAUUUUUAUAGCAAUUUUUGACCCCCUACUGAACGAUCAUUAAAACCCCCACACAAAUCCUCAGAGCCCUUAUAACAUUUCUAGUAGCUUUUUCUAGUCAUGAUUCUCGCUAGUGGUGCUAGGGAACUUGUGCUGGUUUGUAAUUCUUUUCGCAAGGGACUUAUUGAGGAGACGACCAUUUGUUCACUAACAAGAAUACAGACGUUUCUACCCAUCUUUCUUUAAGAUUAAUCAAGGUGGUGACUGUCGGGAGAGAAUUUAUUUAAUGAUACUUUCAUUUCCAGUCAUUGAUUCCUAUUUGCGGUUCAUCACGACGUAAACGAUAGACACUUUAAAAAUCGGUAUGAGUAUAUCUGAGUACGAUCUAUUGCCAUACCCGACCCAAAAAUGGCGGACCCUAUGUUUGCCUUUAAAACUGGCCAUAGAUUAGAACAAUUGAGCUUUAAGUUGCCGAGAUAGCUCAGUUGGGAGAGCGUCAGACUGAAGAUCUGAAGGUCCCUGGUUCAAAUCCGGAGAGCUCGCAUGGGCUCUGAAUAAUCCCGGGUCUCGGCAAUCAUUUUUUAAUUUAUUUUUACCCUUUUAUUGGCGGAUUUUUUGCCUGGCGGGUUAUCUAGCUAAAAAUAUUUACUAGCAGUAUAUGUUCAGCCGACAGUCAAAUUUCUCAGAGAUCUGCUAUUCAUUACUGACACCAGGCCUUUACUGAUGGAUAAAACUCGGCGAAAAGUCAAAAUUAUAAAGAAAAAGUUGUCAACCGGUAAUAAUCAACUCCCAUUAUUACGGACUACACUGAAUUCGGUUCAUCGGCGCAGUUCCAUCAUGUUUCAAACUGAUUUCUACAUUGUUUACGAUUACAAGCAAAACCAUACAUUUCCCUUUUUAAUACGCACAUCCUCGGUCGGACAUUAGCGGAAAUUCCCACUUUUCAAUUUACCAGUAGGACAUUGUUCGCUUGCGGGCUUUUUUGGCCAUGUUUAUAACUUAAAAAAGAAGUUCGUCGUUGUUAAAACAAUGAGCAAUUGUUCCGUUAGCCUUUCUUAAUAUAGGGCAUUUACCUCACGUGACUAAUAUUAAUGUCAAUUCAAAUUCUUCAAACGAAAAUAGGGAACAGGAAAUCAGAUGGUAAAACUUAACAAAAAUUGCCAUUUAGUUUAUUGCAAACUUCUCCAUAUUUGCAGAAAAAGACAACUUAAGUUAUAUAUACUUGAUGUAAAGCAGAUAAAGCAGAAUUCUUUAGAAUAUCCUCCUAAACCUUCACAUUCCUUUAUGGCUAAUUUAAAAUUGCUCCCUAUAACCACAUGUCAUGAGGCCUGUCUUGUCGGCUUCUGUUUAGCAAACCCAGAAAUAAAUUACAUAUUUUAAUCAACUUCCAAGCCCCCAUCCCCCAGAAGGGAGGGAGAUUAUCGUGACAUUCCACCCAAUAAAGGAUAAAAAAAUCCAGUAAGGACACUGUAAUCUCAAAAACCAUACCAUAUGCCGCAUAUGAAUGUACCCCCGGGCUAAACCCUGAGUAAAACUACUAAUUAGCUAGUUGACGUGACAAUUACGACCAUCGUGCUUCCCGUUCCAGGACCUCAUUCAAAUCAUUACGUCCGUGAGAAUAAAGGAGACCUAGGGAUUAGUUUGCUGGAAAGAGUGUUGUUUGUUCGAGUGGAUUCAGUCCAAAUCAAGUAACUCUGGGCGCAAUACGAGGUGAGUUGAAACUUGGGCUUUUCCUUAUAUUUUAUUUUCUUUUUAUCCUGCACAGACAGCAAAAAUACAAUUUCAAACAUUAUUUAGCAAAGGUUUGAAAAUGUACCAUGCAUAGUGGGAAAAUCUAAAAGUAAUUUUGAAUAGGCACAUAAAAUCAACUGGCAGCGUAGUAUAGGCGUAACAAGGUUUUCAAUUAAAAGCAAUUCAAGAGAACUUAUAAGCUCUUGUUAAAAGCUAUUAGAUGAAGAGUAAGCAGCGAAACGUUGACACGUUCUCUCGAGAAAAAAAAUUCUUUUCAACAGACAAAAAUACGCGCGUGCCUGAAAUGUUUAGAAUGUAAUAGGUGAAAUGAAAAUUCAUAGUAUCGGUUUUACGGAUCUCUAAGCGUAUUUUAAUUUCAUCAUAUUCUUCGGUCCCAUAUAUUUCGAGUUGGAUAUUUCGGGCAAAUGCAGAAAACAGAUCAGAAAAAAAAAAGCUCUUGUUGCGGCGAACUUAUCGUGAUAAAGCUCAUGUUGUAUAAACCGCGAAAUUUAAUUUUUGCCUCCCCCCUCUUCGCCGCCAAAAAAAAAAUGAUCUUGAAUUCCCGGUGCAUAUUUUCAUAAAACAAAAGAAAUUUUUCGCCGACUAGGUACCGUGACGUUGGUGUUACUUCCUUAGGGUUUAGAGAAAAAUAUUUUUUCUUCCUAAGUGGUUCUCGUCAACAGACAAUCCAACCGAAUAUUCCAUCUCUCUCCCUGAACAUUUAAAAAAUUUAAAGCCGGAACUUAAAGCUGCAUUAAUAAAGGAAAAAAAAGGUUUACAUUUUCAUUUUUCAUUACUUUUUCACAACAGAUAAAGUGAAGUUUAGGAUCAACUUUUGAAGGGCUCUAGCAUCUUUGCUAGUAUUAUAUUCGAAUAAGUAUCAUAUGAAAACAGGUAAUAAAUCACCAUCUUUGGGUCGUGAAACAAAUAACCGUGUGCGAAAAAAUAAUGUGCUCGCGGACCAAAGUUCGAGAUAAUCUGCCAAAGGAAUGCAAAAAUGACAAACAAUGCAACCCACAGUUCUGUCGAGGAUCAAGGAGUAUUUUGACAUGGGAGACUUCUUGUCAUUAUUAAACACUUUGUGAAAGUCUGCUCACCAAUUAAAGUUGAUGGUACUUAAUAUUUUAGCUGGAUUUCAUAUAAUGAUUUCAGAUUUCCUUCACCUUUUUGUUAAUCCUUUUUAUCAUUUAUUAGAACACAAUUAAAAAUUAAGGUCACUCAAUGAACUAGCUCAAUUUUAGAUUUUAUUCAAAUGGUUGAGAAAGCUUAAUUUUUGACCAGCAGUGAUCAACUAUUCAGUGAAUGGGCGGAGUCAUUUGACAGCCCAAGCUGAAAAGGUCAAUUAUUUUUCUCUUCUCCUCAUUUGCACCAUAUAACCUUGAAAGUUGUCACGGCUUUGAAACUGAGAAUCUCCUUCAACCAAGAGGUGAUUAUUAAGACAUGUAGAGUAGCCUCUUGAUUUUAGUUACUUGUAUUUCAAUGGCCUCUUAAUGAACUUUGGGCCUCUCAAUGACACGGCUCAAAGGAAAACUCGGUCUUUAACCUUGACUUCGUAAGUUUGAUUGUUGAAGGCAACCCACUGAUGAAAAAGUACGCUGGCCUAUAGCACUGCAGUGACAAGCUUCUGAAGAACAUUUAAAUUUUUGCUUCCAUUUCUUGUAAGGUGAAACAGAACAUUGCAAAAUAAGGACGACGAAAAAGUGCUUUAUCACCCACGGUUUCUUUUACAUUGUAUUUGCAUCACAUGCAAAAUCAAUCUUUAAUACUGAAACUUCAAAAUCACCUGGACUUGUAAUGAUAUCGACUUCAAUUCAUGCAGAAUUUGGUUCGAUCAUAAACAAUUACUAAGGGCGUCAACUAACACUUUAAUUUUUAUGAAAUAAAUAUCUACAGAUAUUUUGUCACAACCCAACUGCAUUGGUUUGAUUCGUUAAUUAUCUAGAUGUCGUGUAAUAAUUUUGUGCUCCAUUAAAUAUACAUAUGUGUUAUAUAAGAAACAUAAAGUACCAAUGGAAACGUGUGAAGAGGAAAUGAUUCUUCUGAUGAUGCUCACCGCAACUUGGAUGUGGAUUUGAAAAAAAAUUCAGCGACAAAAUGAAAAAAACUGAUUCAUAAUCUGAUAUUUAAGAAAGCUCAAGUCUUACUACAGUACAAAAAGGUAGGAGACACGCGAAAAAAGCAGUAACUGGAUUCGGGUUAUCAAUGGGAGUUUCAUAAAAAAUAUCGUUAACACUUCCAUCAGCUGGCGAGACGGUAGUUGAUCAAUUUGUCAUCGAUUUUUCACGAUAUUGCUUUGCCGGAGGGGUAAAUACUGUGAUAAUGGCUUUCUGAAUUUAGCAGAUAACCCCAGCCAAAAUAACCAAAUGUGGGCAAAUAGGAAGUAAUUAAAUCGAGUAAUAGUUACAUAUGUAACCUGUCAAAGUCCUUGACAUUAAAGAAACCCAGUGCUUUUGCAUCAAGCAAAGCUGCUUGGUGAAACAAUAUCUAUUACUGAGUAAUUAUACGAAUCAUGAUGAUAUUGUGAAAUUUAUUGUUGCAGGACUCGAGGCAAGUAAGAUCACUUUGUCAAUUGUUGACACGAAUUAAGUUAAGAUAUUAUUUUGACAACGAAACAUUAAAGUUGUAUUGAGUAUCAUGCCUUCUACUUGUUUAAGUUCGUGUUGGUCAAAAUAUAUUGCCCACAACUCAGUUCAACUCUACUUUCUCUGAACUGAAGGUCAAAGGGCCUAGUGCUUAAAAGUACAGGGCGAAAGGUAAGUCUUGUAAAAAACAGCAAAAAGUAAAAAUCAUGUUUCGCAACAGGUACCAUACAGAAAAGCAAAAGCCAUCGAGAAAAAAAUGCUGCUUCCGAUUCAUUAAUAAUAGCUGGGAUUAGGAUGAUUCUGGGAGAUCUGUCGGUUCUUAGUGCUACAACAUCGGAUGCACAGUCGAACUCCGCUUUACAGACACGCACUUAAUACGGACACCUUGUUAUUACGGACAGUUGUCUUUGUCCCUGGAGCGAGCCCUUACAUUUUCUCUAAACUUAACCCGGACACCCGUUAAUGCGGACAACGGACACCUGUUUCUUGCCCAGUCAACAGAACUGAUCUCAUAGAAAGUCAAUCUCCCUAAUGCAGACACCUAUCAACUGUUUGCUGUAAUCUCAGUAGACGUCACUUUCAGACUAUUUUGGCAUCAAUCGAGUUAUGCAGGGGACGGUUAUGUUUAAUGCACCCACGUACUGAAUAAAUAGAUGAACGAUUUUCAGUGUUUCCGUGUAUUGAGUUCGGGGUAUGACGACUUUUUGACGCUGCGUAUGUCCUCAUUAAUUUCUUUAGUAUUUUACUCCAAUGAAAGGUGUCUUUUUGACUUCAAUAACAUGACCCGGUUAAUACGGGCACCCCGUUAAUAUGGAGACUUUCUGUGGCCCUUUCAGGGUCCGUAUUAACGGGUUUUGACUGUACCUUCAAGAACAAGAGAACUGUCCAUUAUAAAGAAUUAAGUCCGUAUUAUGGACCGGCAACCCCGCACGAGAAGACUCGACUGGACUCGACAGCACAAGGUUUCAAAAACAUUAGAAUAGUGAACUGAAAGUUUUCCUGAUGUUCACGCCUGAAUAUGCGAGAGAGAGCAGCUUUCGUCUUACACAACCGCUUGUCAGUUCUUUCGCAACUUUGAUGCUUUCACACUGAGGGACUAACCUAUACUGAAUUAUACAAUAGGUUGAUCUUUCUAUUUAAAAAAAGCCUGAGGUGAUAACCAAAUCUUCUCAGUCAUAUUUAUAGUCACUUAAGGCGCAAUCAAGGACGUCGGCCAAUAACAAACUGUAUUCACCCAGUUGGCUGACUGAUCUCCACGUCGACAGGACAAUUUAUCUCGCGUCUGGACUACCGGAUGAUUAAGGACAGGACGCCAUUACAGUUGGAAGGAAAUAUCCUUAUCACCGGUCUAACUAAAAAGCAAUACUUCGCGCGGGCCGUUUUUUUCUUUUGUCAACGGUGCUACCUCACAUUUGAACCUGAAAUGACGACCCAGAGUACGAACAUUUGAUCCCAAGAAGAAUUUUUCCGAGUUCUCCCCUUCAUUUGGCGUGUCGAGUCAUACGGUAUUGAAUCAGUUCAGUCAAGAGAGGAUAAAACUUUAUCCUCUCUUGGGAGACAACUUUUAUCACAUUUGCUAUCGGUCUCGUUCUAAUGUUUCCACCCGUGGGUUUGCAAUCGCAAAUCUAAGGAAAGCGUUUUCCGUAAUUAUAGGUUUUAUAACGAGUUUACUUUUAACGACUUUCGCUUUCUCUGAUUAGCAAACGUUUAAAUAAGGAACUCUACUGGUAGAACCUUCAUUGGACUCACAGUCGGAAAGAACCAAAAAAAAUUUUAAGGCCAAGGAAAAAGCUGAAGGAAGCCAACAGAGAGUAGGUUCUAUUUUUAGCAGUUUUUAUAGCAGCAACUAUUCCUUAAAAGGUACCUUGCAUGCAAUGUAUAGAAAGACCCUUUCCAUUCUCAAUUCUGAACGUUUCAUUUCAACGAAAAAUUCGCCAUGCCUAAAAUUUUUCGCAUUUAAAUUAGGAACCUGACUGGUACUAAAUAUUAAGAGCCAAACUGUACGUUUCUCAGAAAAGAAAGCGUUUUUCUGUUUUGGGUGACAGAAAUGGCAUGUCAUAACGACGAAAGGCAACCAAUCCAGUCUUGGGGACCAUUGUCCAAAUCUCUUCACAUAUAUAGCACGGUUAUGUCAAGUUACUGCUUGAAGACUUUUCCCCAGAAACGGCCACAAAAGAUAGGAUAAUGAGCUAUUAACUGCUCAUAGCAAGAUAAUGAAUGAUGUACUAUUUGUGGCCUAAUGUGCCGCAUGGAUCAGAGAGGAUGGGUGAAUGUGCAGGUACAGUAGAACAUCGAUAACUCGAACUUGGAUAACCCGAAUUCCCCGUUAACUCGAACUAGAUUUCCUUUCCCUUUCACUGAAAUUUACCCCGAUAACUCGAAUUCCCCACUAACUCGAACUGUUUUUCGUUUUCCUUCAGAGUUCGAGUUAUCGCGAUUCUACUGUAUUUAUAAGAAAACCGCUCUUACACAGUAUUUUUUUGUUCCUUUUCUUUGCAAGGAAAAGAAUGAAUCCCAAGACAGUCGUUUGCAUCGUUUUAAUGAUAGCCCUGACGUCUGCUGUCUGUUCAGCCAGGCGAAGUUCCAAUAAAGCUCUGCCCUUCCGACAGCUUCUCCGUGAAUUGUCUAAAAACGAGGACAGCAGAAUACCUGAGGAGGUAUUAAGAUAACAUGGUCUGAUGUGCGCGGCUAAAAAAAACAUGAUCUCAUAGGAAUUAAAGAGACGCCAAGGGUCCAGAAAAUUUCUUCUGCACCCUUUCAGUAGAACCAGAAGCCCAUAUUAUAGGUUCCUUUAGAACACCAAAAAGGCACGUCCAAACAGAAAGAACAAUGGAAGGAUAAGUUUCAGUCUGAGAUAAAGGGCGCUGUCGUCCGGUUUGAAUUUUCGGCAACUUCCAGUGGCGAAUGAAACAGCAUUUUCCAAAAUUUUCAAAAAGAGGAAACCUCGCGAGUUACACCCAAAUUUUCGGUAACUUUUUCCCAGAAGUUUUCUUUCCUUCAACGUUGCUCCCGGAACUUCUAGAAUUUUCGGUUAAAUGGUUCGCAUUUCGGAAAUUCAACAGUUUCCGGAAUUUCCGGAAACUUUUCCGCGAAAUUUCUGUAUCAUUUGCCGCAAUUUCCAAAUUUUGGAAAGUUUUAAUGGAAAACGCCCAAAAUUUGAACCAUAACACUUUGCAAAGCUCGGACUCUCCUUUCAUAUUAAGCUGAGAAAACAGCCGACGUUUAUCACGUCACCAGGAGAAAAGAAAGGACAUAGCUACUGGGAAAGAGGUUUAGAAAUGCCAUAUAAAUUAUCAUAAAAUUAUAACAACCAUAGCUUUGAUUUGUUUUAUGAAUUAUCAGUUAUUGGGGAAGCCAAUCAAUCGCUCCAGUAUCCUGACAACUCGCGGGAAGUAGUUCCUAGGGCGGUUUCAAAAACUCGGCUUCCCUUCGCUUUUUUUUUCUUAACUUACUUCCUAUGGGUGUUUGGAAAAAAAACGGAACAAUCCGCGAGUCUGUAAUUUUACGUAAAUAUUUUUCUUUUUUGUUUCAUGUUUCUCUAGACUCCUUUUAUGAAGUCCAAAAGAGACGUCUGCGAUUAUAUUGAUCAUUCCUGCACAGAUACUACGGUUAGAGAUGCCUGUACUAAUCCCGCUAACACAUGCGAAGGCAUCGAAGUCGAGUGCUAUCCUGACCAAGAUGGCGACUGUGUGUUGUCUAGUUCCAACUCAUACAGGCGAUAAAUGAGAAACAUAACUGAAGGAAGAAAGAACUAAGAAGUAUUAAUUAUCCUCAUUAUAAAUAAAGUUGAAUUUAGUUUCAAUGUCAGACAGUGUAAUAAACGAAC